ACCUAAACCUCGCCAUGGAUUCCUCCACUAUAUAAGCUGCCGCGCGUCGCCGAGCUGCACGACGGCAGGCCGGCGGCGAGGAGGAUACCAGCAGGAGCUGCUAGCGUCGACGGCAAUGGGCUGCCACCACCGCCAGCUGGUCAAUCGGCCAUUGCGGCGCCUCGCCGCGCUCGCGGCGGCGCUCUGCGUCGUCGUCGCGGCGACGCACGGGCGCGGUUGCUGCGCCGCGGCUGCACGCGUGGUGGGGAGGAGACACGGAGCGGCGAAGGCAGCGGAGGCGGUGAUGGACGUGACGGCGGCGGCGGCGGCGGCGUCGCCGGAGGGAGCCAGGUGGGGAGGCGGCGACGGGCUCGUCGUUCGAGCGGGGAAGUGGCUGCCGCUGCCGACGCUGCCGACGGGCGGCCUGCGCUUCCCGGGGGCGGGCGUGUCGAUGCCGUGGAUAGCCGGAGCGCCGCCUGCGCUCGCCGGGCCGGGGGUGCAGCUCGUGCCGCCGUACGUCGGCGCGACGCGGCAGGAGCAGCUCAGCCUGUGGGCGUCGCUGUUCAACCCGUUCCAGGUCAGGCCCAGGCUACCCGCCGCCGCCGAGACGACGUCGCCGGGGUCCGUGGACAUCCCGGCCAUCGCCGGCGUGGCGCCGGAGAAGACGACGACGGUGGAGGAGCCGGCCGGCGAGCCCAAGUGGGGCGUCUUCUUCGGCAAUAACAACGGCAACAACUAGCCUAUGAUUUUACUCCAUUAAUUAGCUUAAGUACAAAAAUGAAUGAAGCAACUUUUCUUUGGAGAAUGUUAAUUUGGUGAGUGAGUAUAUAUAAUUAUUAUAGUAAUAUGUAAGUCUGAAUGUUUAGGUGUUAAAUUUAUUACUGGAAAAUUACGGAGAAUUAAAAACUCAAAUAUUAGGGAAAGACCUAAUAUUAAUUAUCAAUUAAAUAGGUAGAAGUGGAGCUUCGGACCCAGGCCACCUCGUUGAGCUAGUGAGAAGACCCUGGGUGUUUCUAUAAAAAAAAAUUACGCAGAAUUAAUCGUAAUCUUAUUUUGUAGUGAUGGAAAUUGAAAAAACAAAAAUUUUCAGGGCCGUUUAAGUAUUAUGGGCCUGAAUAUUCUAGCCCACUUUGAUUGACAGGUGCUAGAUUUUUAUAGCCAUUCUAUAUGGGCCACCCUAUUUAGCACUUGAUAAAUAAGUGUAGUUUAGCACUUGAUACUCAGGGAGUCCUGUUACUUGGAUGACAUUAUUUUUGGCUCU